AUUUCUGCGCGACCCAAAAUUGUGGGCAUUUUCUGGGUUUCACCUGUGAACUAUGCCUAAAGUUGUGUCCCGGUCAGUUGUCUGCUCCGAUACCCGGGACCGGGAGGAAUAUGACGACGGCGAGAAGCCUCUUCACGUCUACUACUGUUUGUGCGGCCAGAUGGUUCUGGUGCUGGACUGUCAGUUAGAGAAAUUGCCCAUGAGGCCCCGGGAUCGGUCCCGGGUGAUUGAUGCUGCCAAACAUGCCCACAAGUUCUGUAACACAGAAGAUGAGGAGACUACGUAUCUUCGCAGGCCUGAAGGCAUUGAACGACAGUACAGGAAGAAGUGUGCAAAGUGUGGACUGCCACUCUUCUACCAGUCCCAGCCGAAGAAUGCUCCCGUGACCUUCAUUGUGGAUGGAGCAGUAGUCAAGUUUGGCCAGGGUUUUGGGAAAACGAAUAUAUAUACUCAAAAGCAAGAGCCUCCCAAGAAGGUGAUGAUGACCAAACGGACUAAAGACAUGGGCAAGUUCAGCUCUGUCACUGUGUCAACUAUUGAUGAAGAGGAAGAGGAGAUUGAGGCCAGGGAAGUUGCUGACUCGUAUGCACAGAAUGCCAAAGUGAUUGAAAAACAGUUGGAGCGCAAAGGCAUGAGCAAAAGGCGGCUGCAAGAGCUGGCUGAACUGGAAGCCAAGAAAGCAAAAAUGAAAGGGACUUUGAUUGACAACCAGUUCAAAUGAUCGGGAUCUCUCUCUGAACCCAGACUAGAGGCAAGCAUUUCGACCAGAAGGCAAAAGAACUUGUUCGUGACUGCGUGGACUGGCUCCUACCUUUAUGCCCCCAUCAGAAGGCUUUGUGUUACUUCUUAUGUUCAGUGAGGUCUUUGAGUCCAUCUGGCCUGCUUUCUAGAGAUGGGUUUUUUAAAUCUUUCUAUAUAUGGCUCUUCUGUGCUAUUUUUUUAUCCAUUUGAUAUAAACAUUUUUAGCUGUGUAGAAACUCUAUGAAUAGAUCAGUGCUUAAGUAUCUCUAGUUUUUAAAGUAGCUGGUCUUUAAUGAAAUGUUCAAAGAUUUUUGAAAAAAAUAUUAUAAUGUAUCAUAGAAAAAAGUGGCAUGUAAUUAGAUUUAAAGUUACAGCAAGUCAGAUCCUUUGAGGUAACUCUGUCUCUCUUCUUAGAUUGGCAGGUAUCAGAUAUGGCUUCAGUCUCUUCUGUUACCAUAGAAAAUCCAUAAAAAGCUAGAGUCUGCAUAUUUUACUUCAAGUAUGAAAGCUAUAAGUGAGCCGCCGCUUAUCAGACUUUGCACUUAAAGAAACAAAAGCCAGAUCUGAGUUAGGACAGCUGAGAUCCGAAUGAAAAUGGACUCUCAGUGAGCAACCCAAGGGAGCUACCAUCCUGUCAAGUAGCUAAGACCACUGCUUCUGUGUGUGGGCACAUGGGAGGGAGGUAUUCUAGAGUUAGAAAUGAUGCUGAGGUUAAAAAAUUGUAUAUGUUGGGUAUUUUAUUUCACAUUUGCCAUUUGUGGAGGAGUCUUACAGAUAUAAAUAUUUACUAUUACGCUGCUUCAGUGCUACCAAUAUGUAGUGUUUGUAUCUGUAUUUUAACCUGUUCACCUGUAUUACAAAGUAUCGCCUGCAUCUAGUCAGAUUUCUGCAACUGAGUUGUCCUCUCCACCUAAUUUCCUGUCCUCAUUCUGAGAGAUAAUUAGGUAUCAUGUGGAUAACCAACCAUAACCUCUGCACAACACCUUGACCUCAACUCCAAACCUUCAUGCCACUUUAGCCACAAAGUGCCAUGACCGCAGCCUCGAUGUCAACUCUGCUGUUCUUUCUUCACAACCUCCUAUCAUUGCUACUCUGGUACUGUCACUUCCACUAAAACUGUUUUGUUUUGUUUUGUUUUUAGAUUUGAAGGGUAAUUAUCUUGAUUAUUUUAUUAUAGUAAUAAUCGAAAAUAUAAUAAUGAUAAUAAAGUAGCCACUUUUUAUUGAGUACUUACUAUGAGUGAGGUGCCACGAAAAGCACUUUUAUAGGUAUUAUCUUAAUUUAAACAUGAAGAUAAUCUCAUGAGAGAGGUUUAACUACAGUAGCUAUCCUCCUUAUCUGUGGCGGACACACUGCAAGACCCUCCCCCCCAUGUAUGUCUGAACUAUAUAUACUAUGUUUUCUCCUAUGCAUGCAUCCACUUUAUGGCUUUUCAUGGCAGAUCCAAAUUGCCAGCAUCACUACUCUUGUGUUUUGGGACCGUUAGUAAGUAAAAUAAGGGUUACUUGAACAUAAGCACUGUGAUACCUUGACAGUUGAUAUGAUAACAGACAGCUACUAAGAGACUGAUGGGUGAGGAGUAUUUACAGUGUGGAUGGAUGGACAAAGUGAUGGUUCAUAUCCCAGGCAUAAGAUUGUAAGGCACUAUUCAGCACAAUGCGCAGUUUAAAACUUAUAAAUUGUUUAUUUCUGGAAUUUUCCAUUUAAUAUUCUCAGACCAUGGUUGACCAUGGGUAACUGAAGCCAUGGAAAGCAAAACCGCAGAUAAAGGGCCGGGACGGGGGGAGGGUACUGUACUAUCUAUCAUUAUAAUGUUACAAAUGUGUACUCUGAGACUCUGAGAGUUGCAGUUUCCCAAGUUCCCAUAGCCAGUGGGUGAUAAAGCCAGAAAUCUGACUGUGCAACUAUGCUGAACUACUUCUCAUGUGGGAUUUAAAAUGUAAAUAUGUUAUUGAGAACAGAUUGCAAUUUCAUUUUGAGAAAGCAAGUAAAGUGCAAUGUAAAAACAAUUGCAAACAAGCAUGUGCUCUUCAUUAUGUUUUCUUCCUUCAUAUUGAAAUAGUUAUUAAAAUAACAUGACGUAGUUUCUCUGUUGUUUUUAUUUAC